AUGCUUAUAAUAUUUAUCCUUUUCCUAUUUUUGUAUCAAAAAAGUAGCUUUUGUAUAAAUCCUGAUUCUAAUUUUUUGCGUAAAAAAAACCCAUUCUUUUUAUUAAAUGAUCUCAAGUGUAAAAAUAAAAUCAAACAAAAGAAUCAGAUAUAUUGUGGUGAAAAAAAGAUAAAGAAAAAUGAAUUUCAUGAUAGAUGUAUAAUAAAUGUUAAAGGGGGAAAUGGAGGAGAUGGAAUAUGUUGUUUUACAACAUUUUCCCAAAAAAAAAAUAAAAAAUAUGCAUCUGGUGGCAGAGGAGGGAAAGGUGGUGAUAUAUAUUUAAUUGGUGAUAAAAAAAUUGAUAACUUUUUAAAUUUGAAACUAAAAUCCUUUUACUAUGCUGGAAAUGGGGGGAAGGGAUGCAACAAUAAUCAACAAGGGGAAAAUGGGAAAGAUGAAUAUAUAAACAUACCAAUAAAUACAAUAAUUUAUGAAGAUAAUAAAUUUAUUAACUUUAUUCAUUCAAAUUAUCAAAAAGUAUUAGUAGCAAAAGGUGGAAAGGGUGGAAAAGGAAAUUAUUCAUAUCGAACCAAAAGUUUGAAAAUACCAUAUGUUUGCCAAUUUGGAGAAAAAACAAAAGAAAAACAAAUUAUUUUAAAAAAAUUAUUUUUCACAGAUCUAGGAAUUAUUGGAUACCCUAAUGUAGGAAAAAGUACAUUAUUAAAUAAAAUCACUAAUGCUAAUGUCAAAAUAGCUAAUUAUAGUUACACAUCUUUAUUUCCAAAUUUUGGAAUAUAUAAGUGUAAAAACGAGAUAAAAGAGAUGGAGAGUCAUGAAUCUGAAGAGGCGAUUAAGGUAGAGGAGUACAAACACGAAAUAGAAAGCGAGGUAGCGGAAGAGAACGAGAAAAACGAGUUGGAAAUCAACGAAAAAAAUACUGAAACAAGCACAGAAGGGAUAAAAACGCGGAAUUACACCGUGAUCGAUUUUCCAGGUAUUAUAGAAGGGCUAGAUAAAAAGUUAUCGAAUGUCUCGUAUAAGUAUUUAGAGCAUCUUAAAUAUAGUAAAGUAUUAAUUUACAUGUUUGAUAUUAAUGAUAAAUCUAUUGUUGAGACAUAUAAAAAUAUAAAAAAUGUUUUAGUUCAAUAUGAUCCAAUUUUUGAGAAAAAAAAAGAAGUGAUAAUUCUUAACAAAAUCGAUAUAUAUCAAGAUAAGGAAAAUAUAAAUACUAUUAUAAACUACUUAAAAGAAUAUUUGAAAAAUGAUAAAAUAUUUUGUAUAUCUGCAUUAACUGGAACAAAUGUUAUAGAAACAAUUGAUGAAAUUAUUUUAAAUAUCAAUAAAGAAAAUAUAAUUGAUAAUUUUAUAAGUAACUUACCAAAACCAUGCGAUAUUGAACAAAUCGAAAAUAGUGAUAAUUACCCACCUAAUGAUUAUAAAAUUCAUAAAUAUAAUGAGCAUAUAUAUAUUAUUAAAGGCAAAUAUAUUGAAAACCAAGCAGAUAUUUUUAACUUUUCAAAAAAUGACAGUGAAAAAGUAUUUAAUAAAAUAUUAAAUGAUUUAAAUAUUAAUGUAAAACUUAAAAAUAUUGGGGCAAAAGAAGGUGAUAAAAUUAUUAUAAGUAAUUACUCAUAUGAUUUUUCUCUUGAAAAUUUAUAG